GACACCGAGCUGAACCAACCGAACCGCGAGGCACGCGAGCUCGGUUCCCCUGAAAAACAUUCUGCACAAAGGAGGAGCUGGGGCGAAGAAGAGCGUACUAGACCGAGAAGCUUUGGCCUCGAUUUCGCUGUCGAGAAAGAAGAGCGCGGCGUCUCGCAGAACAACGGCGCGCUGCCACCAGCAGAGAGUCUGUGGCUCGCGCAGGCCGUGGGGUGAGACCCCCCAAAAUAGUGGGCCUCUCCGCACGAUCCCGGCGGCCGACAAGGCGGCGCAGCCCGGGCCUGUCUGCCCUAGACAGGGAGCGCGCGCCGCGCCGGUGCCCAUCAACGUUAACCAUCGCCUACGAGCCUGCCGAGCGAUCCCUUCCUUUCCGGUCAACUCCUGGGCUGUCAUCUCUGCCGGGUUCUGGAACAGUGAAACCUAGUUGCCGAUCGACCGGGAUUAGACGGGACUGUGUGCCACCGCUAUAGCGUGCCACGACGAUGCCGUUGGAACUUUUUUCUAGCGGGCUUUUCAAGAUUGUCGGCGCGGAAAUGCGAAGAGUGAGCGGCUGGUGAAAAGAUAGCACUGUAGAUAUCGCAACGCGACUCAUGUCGACGACGGGCGUGGUCGAGGAAGAAACCACGUGUUCGCAAGCGCCGGAUCGGUGGCUCUGAGGGACUGCGCCCACAUUUCGCAGGCAUAUCAUUUUCGAUACUUCGAAUGUGAAUUUGUGUGUGCGUAUGUAAACAGGCCGCAUAUGGUCCCGCACUGAGUUUCAGUGUCCUUUGUUUGUGCGGUGUCGAUCGACGCAUGCAUCUGACGGUCCGACCACGUGGGCGACAUCACAACGCCUGUGCCUCCGGCCAACGACUACGCCGUCCGCUGGCAGCACCGAGAUGUUUGCUUGGCACCAGUUGUGAUUGAUGUGUGGAAGACGUUCUGGGUGAAGGCGGAGGGGUUGACGGUCCCGUGCCUGAAAUCGACGUUUUCUGCCUCGCCCAAGCUUCAUGGUCGCUUCCUUCGACUAUCUGUGAAGGUCUUACACGACACAUCGAAAACGUUUCCGGAAAUGUGGCUAGCGGCGCAGCUCAUCCUGACCGCUGGCCUGGCUCAGGCUUUGGCAUCCAACUGGCGCAGCAUACGAAGCGACCGUCUCAAUGCCGGCCUCUGCCCAGACUCGGACGACGACCUGUGUUCUAAUGGGCGGCCCGACAGCACGCGGCUGGCGUGCAAGUGCGACUACGCUUGUGCCACGUUCGGCGACUGUUGUGUGGACGCCCCGCGGAGCCCCAGCCGGGAGCCGACGCACGCCUGGCGGUGCCACCCGAGCGGCUUCUUCUCGCUCAGGACGUGUCCCACCCGCUGGCCACCGGACGACGCCGUGCGUCGACUAUGCGAGGGCUGGGAAGACAGGGACGGCUUCGAGAACGACUACGGCGGCGACGAGAGUGACCCUGUCGUUCCUGCCAUUAGACACUACCUGGAGGAUGUGCCCGUCUUCUCGAGCGACUCAGAGCGCAUGUACUGGAAUGUCUUCUGCGCUGCGUGCCACGGAGAUGCCGUCCGGCUCGCUACGUGGCCCGCCAGCCUGGACUGCGACAGCGCGCCGCUCGGAGGUCGCGGUCCGGGCCCCGUCGUCAUCUUCGACGAGCGGUCCCUCCGCCAGCUCGUAGCCGUCGGCAACCUGAGCUACGUGGGCGACAACCGCUUUCUGGUGACGGACAGGAACGAAAAGCACCGCUGUAUGCUCCGAGUGCAGAGGUCCGGCUGGAAGUCCUUCUCCCAGGCGCAUCUGCUUCGCUCUUGCGCGUCGGGUGCCGAAGUGGCCCCGCGGUGCCGCAACGGCAGCGCCGAGCUGGUGUCCCGCUGCGGCGCCUACACGGCGUACGUGCACGACAGGGUGUCGCGUAGAAACUACCGCAACUACCACUGCGCGCUGUGCGACGUGACGCAGAAGCAGCGGCUCUCGUGCGGAGCGUACGCCGACGACCUCGAGCCGGAGGGCAACGUGGUCUCGUACCAGUGGCAGAUCGAGUUCCGCAUCUGGAGGAACCCCGAGGACGCCCCGCUCGAAUGCGUCGACGACCGGCGCAUGAGGGACGACCUAACGGGGGCCUGCCUGCCAGUGGGUUGCGCGCCGGGUCUGGUGGCCGGACCCGAAGGCAUGUGCGUGCCCGAAGACGUCGCCCAGCCGGAUCCGUUCGACAAGCCGCCGCCCGAGUGUCCUGUCAUCCAUCUGGGGUCCAAGUACGUCGUGCUGCUACGAAACGGGUCCCUGCUCCUCAACGUUAGUCGGGGGCAGGUGUUCGCCCCCAACCAGUUUCUGCUGGUGGCUGAGGUGAACGACCAAAACAAGACGAUCGGUUGGUACGCACUGACCUGCGCCUGCCACCGCAUCAGCUUCACAUGGACGCCAUCCCUGCUGUUUGUCGCGAGGCUGGCACUGGGAGCAUCAAUCCUCUGCCUCGCCGUCCUCCUGGUCACCAGGCUGCUGGAACUGCACGUGCGCCGCCACAAGAUGGCCGCCUGCCUCGCCGCGAGCGCCAUCUUGUCGCAGUUCACUCUCCUGCUGGAGCCCCACAUCGAACCCUUCAGCCGUGGCUGCGCCGCCCUGGCAGUGGUCUGGCACUACUGGAACCUAGCAUGUGUCGCCUGGACAGCGGCGCUUGCCUGCGACGCAUACCGAGCCCUUCACGCCCUGCGCAGCAUGCGUCCUGACGGGCGCUCCAUCCGCCAGAUAGGCCUACUCUGCUGGUUCGGUCCCGUGAUGAUCGUCGCUGCGGCGUUGGCCAUUGACAGGCUGCAGCCGGAUUGGCCCGUGAGACCGCUGUACGGCGAGCCAUUGUGCAUACUCAACGAUUCCCUGGGCUCCGCGGUGUUUCUGGGCGUGCCCAUCGCGGCCAUGCUGCUGACGGCGGCCACCUUGCUAAGCCUAGUCGCGCCGAGGCUCUGCGGCGGCCCGCCCCCGCAGACGAAGCCGGCCAAAGCCGAGUUCCGUGCCGACCGCGUCCGUUUCUUCCGGCUCGCCGCGAUCGUGUUGCUCGCGGUUGUCACCUGGGCUUCGCCGCCACUCGCCGUGGCACUGGGAAUGCACCAGCUGUGGUACGCGUUCUUCGGCUGCCUCGCCGCACAGGGUAUGGUGGCGCUCGUAGCGUUCGCGCCGCUCGGACGCCUGGCAGCGCGACUGCGCGGCACGCGGUCGGCGGGGGUGCUCGUCGCUAGUUCCUCGGUGGGACACCUGUCCGAUCCCCAGCAGGUGCCGCCGCUUGCCGCCACUACGUUGCCGGCCGACCCCGUGACGGGGCCGUACCGCAAGCACCUGCCGUCGCAGACAGCGGUGGCCGCUCAGCAACAGAGUUCGCCCAGUAGGCGCUCUUCGUGCAAGCCUAACCUGGAGCGCCGCUUCAGCAACAAGAGGCCGCUGGUCAUAGAGGACGAACUGGAGACCAAUGGCAAGGCUUGACUUUGGGAGGCGUGAAUGCCCAGUUUCGCUGCGGUGGACGCUCAUUAUACAGGCCUUACGUGUUGUGCGCUUGCGUGAAAGUGUUAAAUGACCAGCCUGUAAAAUACACAAAUUCUGCAGGAAAAUCCACAAGGAGCGCCCACACAUUCGCGACCCGGCCAUCAUCGGCCCCGGCAUCUCAUUGUCGUGCCGAGAAAAUGUCGGCGCCCAGGUUUUCCGAAAACAAACAAAAGAAAUGGUUGCGAAUAAGCCGUGGCAAGUGCCUAAGUGCUUUGGAAAGCUUGAGAACUGAACCAUUUGCUGCAAACUUAACUUAUUUGAGCAUUUCACAAUGGUUUGCGCACAAGCUAUCUUAGCUUCCUAAUAGACAGAUGAAGUUUGAGCUACACGCAUAUACGUAUAUAUACAGAGGUACCAGCCUCAUUGGGUGCGCAGUCAACAUGUCAUCUUCUGCGCCGUUUUAUGCGUGAAAGACGCCAGAAAAAAAUAGUCAGACGCAGUCUAUUUCAUGUGUGAGACAAGUGUGAUAAACGUUUUACAUCGCAUCCUCAUGGGGUCAGCGUACGCACCAGCAUGCAUGGCUCUACAAGAUCAGAUUUGCCGCGACGCUGUUGUUUCCUACUUGUAAGAUUGUGUCUAUAAAUUAUUUGCUUAAGUGCAGCGGCCUUGAUCAAAAAGGUGGACAAUGUUUGUUUGAAGCACUUCAACGUUUAGGCUCGCCACACGACGGAGUGAAUGACAUGGUGUUUCUGCGUGGACACUGGACAAAGAGGAAGGAGCUGCGGAGACUUCCAUUGACGUUUUUGCACGCCACAUACCACGCAUUUGACUGGUAAUCAGCGACAUUCAUAUUCGGGUGUGGUG